AUGUUUAAAUUUCAUAAUUUCGAAUAUCUGAAUUUUUGUAAUUCUGAAUUUCAGAAACAUUGGGCAUUUGAAUUCUCUGAUUUCCAAAUUUUAAAUUUUCCAAAGUUUCAAAUUUCGGUAUUUUCGAGUCAGGCCCUGAUACCGAAAAUUUUUUUUGUUGUCCUAUCAAAAUACUACCGAUUACAUAUUUUUCAAAUUAGGUAA